AUGGCGUCCAAGAAGUUCGCCCAUUGGAACAGCUUCCCCUUCAUGACCGCCCCGCGAACGAAAUACUACUCCGGUCAGACACAAUCCCCGCUUUUCCGACUAUCCCGCGAGAUUCGGGAUAUCAUCUAUGAAUACUACGCGCUAGGAGAAGGCGACAAUGGCUACCAUUACGACAGUGAGACUGGGAAGAUGCUCGAGCAUUCGCCAUCAUCAGAGCCUAAGCGCGUUAUUCGCCUUGGUCUCAUGAUUACAUGUCGCAUUGCUGCUGAGGAGCUCAAGAAUUACGCUUUCCGCAAGUUGCAGUUUAGCCCUCAUCUUUCGCAGGAUGAUGGACAAGCGUUUUUGGGACUUGCUUCGAGGGCUGGGCGGUUUCAGAGCUUGUUGAGAUUAAUAGACCGUCAAAAGCAACGGAUGUUAAUCACGAUGAACAACGGCCUACAUCUGGCUCCACUAGACUUCAGCGACGCUCUUCAACACAUCCUCAUCCUGGCAAAAACCCGCGAUCCGCCCAAAUUCGCGGAGCUGGCCUGUAGUGUGUUUGGUUUGGGCAGGUGCCCAUUGGCUACUUGGAACAUCUCUGACCCCCACAACAACUACUUUGAUGAAGGCGCAUUGUACAGCAUCUAUUCCUGGCAUCCCAACUCGUGGAUAUUACCAAGCAACGAAGAUCUAGCUAAGCUAGAGGCUCUCAUCUGUUUACCUGUCGACUCAGAUUUUCGUCACCCAAUAACGAAGGAUGGGACCUUCUACUUUGAAGACAUAUCAGACCACGUCCGGGCCUCUGGAUGCAGUCUCUGGUACUUCUCGGCGGCAUCUAUUGCGAUCGACUUCUGUGAGUAA